AUGGCAGUGGACGACUGUUCACUCCCGAAGGAUGAGACCAUCUUAGCUGGCAAAAAGACGGAGCUUUAUUUCAUCCAAGAUCAAGCUUCUUGUUUGGUCUAUUGGCGCAAGAUUGAGAAGAAAAGCAACCUUCAGCAAUUCAUGGAUACUAUCUCUAGCACAACUCCACAUCUCGGAGAACAGCCCCAGUGUCUAGAGGAUGGGUGCCGCGUCACUCUUGAGACCACUCUUGACCAUUUCCAUACGCCGGGGCAACUGUUCGACCAUCUCUGCGAGCAUCUAGACUUGGUCAAAUGGCGGAUUUCAAUUAACGGCUUGUGGUUCUGCGCUACCCCACCGCAAGUGGACCAAUUAACCCGAGGAGAUCUGUUCGUAAACAACAGAAUAGAAGGAGGCCCGUUUUACCUCAUCUUUUCCGAAUAUGAAUCUGGACUUCCGAAAUGGAGAGAGAUUACAAAAUUGGCAAAAACCAGUGACUCCAAGACUCAUGCUCUUCUGUUUACAGUUGGGACUUUGACAGCUGGGACGGAUUAUCCACACCAGGCCUUCCCGGAUGAUCUCGAAAAGUCACUUCUCAAGAUAAUCCCCAAAGAAAAGGCCCAAGUCUCUCCAUCUGGAAUCUCGAAACCUAAUGGCGGCGAUUCGUAG